UUUAGUUCGAAAGUAAAUUUUGAACGAGAAACUUAUUCUCAAAUACUUCUAUUUCUAUUUAAGUGAAAAACUAAAAUUGAUUUGAGGAAGGAAAAAUGGAUUUCUUGAGCGGAAAAUCCUACAAAUCCAAUUGCACAGAAGGUGGGUUUGAGUUUCAGAAGCAAUUAAUGGUCUACUGUUGCGCAAAGCUGAGACAGAUGAAGUGCCAGAAGUUCUCUGUUGGAUACGAAGUUGACCAUUUUACAAAAUUCGACGACGUUGUCUGCAACUUUGAGUUGAACGGAAAGAACUACUUGAUCCCGAUGCAGUCAAAAUUCGUUCUAAGAGACGAAAUACAAAUUACCGAAAGUGAUUUCUUGGAAUCGACUGGAAGAAUUAACCUGGAGAAGCACGUACAAGGCAUUUUGAAAUUUCUAAAGGACAUUCAAGGAAAAGAGGUACGAUUUAUUAUUGUAACAACUUCUUCGUUGAAUGUGAACAUGCGAAAUAUCAGAUUUAAGUCAGCCAGAAUGGAAGAAAAUCAAAUGAUUCUGAGUAUUUCAAAUCUUUUGAUAGAAUCAGGGGCGAAAAUAUCGCAAAUAGAUCUUCAAUUUAGAGGAUUUGAAGGAAUUUUGAAUGAUCUUCAAAGAAAUUUAAAUAUCCCAAGACAAAAACUUCAGGAUAUAAUUGAUCGUCUAUUAUUUAUAACACAAGUGCCAAAAGAAGAAAAUUUUUUGCAUAUUCUCAAAAAUUUAUUAAAUGAUGUGAACGUUGUAAAUAAGGAAACAUUUUUCGAAGCGAUGCAAAAGCGAACAACGAAUUCGGUUAGAUUUGAAAAAGCAACAAAAACACGAAAAGCUCUUAACGAGACUACUUUUGAGGCAUUUCUAAGAAGUUCUGUGCUUGAGGCUGAUUUCCAAGGAAUUUCUGACUCAUUUCUCUCAGAGAUAGAGUUAUUAGUUGAAUUUGAGAGUCAAUUCUUGAAAGAAUCAUGGGAAAAAUUGCGAAAUGCUUCCAAGUUCAUAAAAUGUGAAAGAAAUGUGAAUUUGAAUGCAUUGAGAGUUUUGCAUUCAAUCAAAAUGACGCACGAAGACGCCAUUUUGGUUCCUAUCUCAAAGCUCAAUGACUUCCAUAUUGAAUGUUUGAAAUUUUAUGAGGAAAAUGAAAGAACUAUCGUAGUUUUAGUUGAUAAGGAAAUGCAACGUAAUGCUUUAGUGGAGAAGGCAAAUAUUUAUUAUGUUGGGAAGAUUGGAGGGCUUUCUUCUUCCGCUGAAGUUCCGCCAUUUUCUUACGAUAAACUUACACGAAAGGCAAAACAAGAAUUUGAUGAAAAGAUUAUAAAAGUUCAAGAUUUUCAGUUAAAGUUGAAACAAAUCCCAAAUAAUGAAUCAAAGGAAUACAAAGCAUUAAUGGAAAAGUUCUUUGCUAUUUUCUGUGACAAAAAGACCGUUAAAAUUGGCAAAAAGAUGCCCGUCAACUCUCAUCCUUACAUUGAAAGAGAUUUCCAGAAGGACAGCGAUCCUCAAAAUAAGAUGAAAGUUGAUAUUUUCCGGAUAUAUUCCCGGUGUAUUGUCAAAGGUCAACCAGGAUUGGGCAAAUCAUUCACACUGAAACAAAUGGCCAAUUUAUUUAAAAGAAAUAAUUCCGAAUAUUGGGUUGAAUUUAUUGAAUUGAACUUGCAUGGAAGUUAUUUUGGCCAAAAACAAGAGUUCACUGUGAAACAAGCAAAAGACUUUCUACUUGAUAACUUCCUAUCAUUCCAAAAAGAUUCCUCAUUGGAUCGAGAACUUGUUGAGUACUACUUAACACUCGAAUGUCCUCCCAUAACUCUUAUUUUUGAUGGUUUUGAUGAAAUUAUGCCAUCAUACGAGGAAGUUGUUUUCAAUUUCAUUCAAAAAUUGGUUGAAUUAAAGGUAAAAGUCGUUAUUUCUGGACGCCCGCACAGUGAAAAAGUUCUGAAAGAACUCAAAAAUUUUGAAAAAAUUCAAAUUUGUGAAUACUCUAAUGACCAACAAAAAAGUUUUAUCCAAAAAUACUAUGAGUACAAAUACAAAAUUGAAUCACGCCAAUCCACGAAACAGAGGCCCAAUGAAGGAUCAUUUUCUUCAUUUAAAAAAAUUCUGGACCUCAUGAUAAUUAACUCAAAUUUCAAGAGAAAGUCAAAGCGGUUCGAACGAUUUCCUCUUUAUCUGAGAAUGCUUUCAGAUAUUGCUUUCCUCAUGGUGGAAAACUCAGAAAAUCCUCAGAGUAUCCUAGAAGAAAACAACCAUAUUGGUAUUUCGUGGAUUUUCAAUGAAAUCUUUGAAAUAUCUUUUAAGAAUUAUAUGAGAGAAAAAGAAAGAGUUGACCCAACUAACAAUUUGGCCAUUCAAAGAAGUCAAAGAACAAAGAAGGAUUUAAAAUUGUUCUAUUCUCACGUAGCUGUGAAAGAAAUGAGAAUGGAAAUAGUUCUUCCACAAUUGCAGAAACUUACAGAGGCAGAAAUUCUUGCACAGGGCUUUCUUAGAAAGCUUAAUGACCUAAUGGAAUCAACUGAUGCCGAUCAGUUUGUUUUCAUACAUCGUACUUUUGCAGAAUAUUUUCUAGCUGAAAAGUUAGUAGAAAAUUUGGAAAGUAAUAUUGAAAAACUCCAAAAUACUGAGGAUGAUGACCAACUUCUUGCACUAUCUGAUUUUCUAUGUACCCCCAUAGUUAAUCAGAUUAAAGAAAAUAAAAUAUUGAUCAAUAUUCCAAACAAGGACUACGAAAAAAGAGAGAAAUUUUUGAAGUUUUUCACUUUUGUUACUCACUAUUUCUUCUAUUAUGAGUUCAUUGAAGAACUUGAAAUUAUAAUCAGAUUUCUUUGGAAGAAUUUUGGGCUAGAUGGAUUGAAGUUUUUCAAAAUUAAAGAAACAUUUUGGAUGAAUAUCUCUCAUGACUGGCGAAUCGGGGAAAUCACUGACAAGCUACAACUUGUUGAUGAAUUAGAGAAAAAAAAAUAUUCUGAUUGUAGACUAUUUGAGGAAAUAUCGCGCAUUUUCAAAACAGAUUUAAUCCAGAAAAUGAGAAUCAAUGAAGAUUUUGAAACAUUCAUCAAAGUAUAUAAAAAAGUUGAAAAACAUUGGAUUGCAAGCAACGAUUUUUUCCUACUGCUUUUAAAAUUAUUUGCAAAUAAUUGCGAAUGGAUUAUGUAUGAUAAGACAAAAAAUAAAAUUUUUUGGUUAAUAUGGAAAAAUUAUCAAUUUACUAACUUUACAAAUUUCUUACCCGAAAUCCAUGAUGUCCCAGAACAUGAGCGGGAUCACAUAAAAACAUGCGAAUUUUUAAUAUCUACAGCAAGGAAAUGUAGGAAAUGUAAUAUGGAUAUAACUUUUGAGGAAUUCAUAAACGAUGUGUGUUACGUUCUGAGUAGCGACGACUUCUACAAAUGUCUCAAAAUAUUUGGGCGAAAUUCUUUUGUGUACAAUCAAGUGUUAUCUAAUUACACUGAAAUAUUUAAAAAUGACAGGCAGAAAUUUAUUUUGUAUGAUAACAAUUCAAUUCUUUAUCAUUUUUGCACUUAUAAAAAUGAAUAUCAAUUAUUGGAUUUUAUUAGAAAGAUUCAACCAAAUCUUUUGGGUUUAUUAACUAGAAGUCCCCACUUUGGUGGAACAUCUCUGGAAGAAUACAAAAGAGUGGCACAAAGGGACAAUAUUUGCCAUAGAUAUCUUUAAUAUUGAUUCAUUUUGAUUCCAACGAUAUUAAUAAAGUAUUUGCGAAGCUUGUAUUGUAAAACUAACCAACAUAUAUAAUGUGAUAUGUUUAUUAUGCUUUGUGAAAAAAAUAAAAAAAUAAAUAAACAAUACACACAAAAUGAUAUUUUUAAUUUUAAGGAAAAUUAUGUCAAAUUGUAUUUCUUUAUUCUAAAUGUAUUUUUUUUCAUUAUUAAAAAAUGUUCUAAUACCCUAAAUAAAAACCUGAAAAGAAA